CCAGUUAUCAAACCUGUUCCCUUAGCCUCCUUGUCUUCAACUACCUGGCAGACUGCAGGAAAGCCUGUCCCCUUAUCGCUGCAAUGUGCAUCUGCAUGCCAUGGGAUGUAUUACAAACGUCGGACAAAUUGGAAAAGUCGUUGGAUUGGUUUCUUUUUAACAAACCUCUCACUUACGGCCUCCGUCGGGUGGUUAUGCGAAAUGCAGAUGUACUAUCGAAGGAGUACGACGUUCCACGCAUCCUGAAGAGUCGCUCAAUCCGUGAGUUCGACGACAAUUUCACCGCUGGUAUGUUUGGCUACAAGUCGGCGAAGGAGUACUACGCUUCUGCCUCUACUAUCACCAAAAUUAGCCAUGUCUGUGCUCCAAUCCUUUGUCUGAAUGCUGCUGAUGACCCUUUUGUGCCCUUCAACUGUGAGUCAUUGCUUCAGUUUGAAAAGAUAGUUUGUGUAUCUCCAACCUUAUUAAGUUGUUCGGUGCCUGAUCUCAUGCAAAUGAAUAAAUUCAUGCAUGUAUUUGUGAAUAAAUUGGGAUUAGUAGAAUUUAUCUCCUACCAUUGGCGCUAA